AUGGUAGAUGAAGCAAAGAAAUCAAGUGAUCAACCCAAUUAUGGAGACAACGGCAUUAAUGAGGAAGAUGAGGGUGAAUUGGUAACACAGCUAAUCGCACCUGGUGUACAAAGAAACUUGGAACAUGAGGUAAUAUUGGGAUUCACUGUAAAUAUUAUUGCAUACCCAUUAAUCCUUCUCUAUUUUAUAAUCACAUUUGUAUAUGUCACGAGGAAGAUUGUCCCAUACCAAUUUAUAGAUGAAAGAUUUCAUAUUGAACAAACUGUUACAUACAUUAAAGGGAACUGGACCCAAUGGGAUCCUAAAAUUACGACGCCGCCAGGCCUAUAUAUUUUAGGUUGGAUUAAUUAUCACAUAGUGAGACCAAUUUGCAAAUCUAUGUCAACAUUAACUAUAUUGAGAUUAGUAAAUUUAAUAGGUGGAACAGUUAUCUUGCCAUUUGUUGUAUUAAGACCGCUUUUCCUUUUUAACGCUAUCGGAUUUUGGCCUGUCUCAAUGAUGUGCUUUCCAUUAAUGGCGACAUAUUACUACUUAUAUUAUACUGACGUAUGGUCCACUAUAUUCAUUAUGGAAUCCCUGACAUUAGCAUUAACAGUACCUCUGGGAACACCUCGAAGCAUAUGGUUAAGUGGUAUAAUGGCAGGUUUGAGUUGUUUAUUCAGACAAACUAACAUUAUAUGGAAUGGGUUUAUCUUGGUUAUUGUUAUUGAGAGAAGAGCUAUCAUUACAAAACAAUUUACCACACAUUCUGUUAACAAUUAUCUAAAACUGUUUAUCACUGCUAUCGAGGACUUUAAUGAACUAGUGUUACCUUAUUUUGUUAAUUUUGCUCUAUUCGCCCUUUACCUAAUAUGGAAUAGAUCAAUUACUUUAGGUGAUAAGUCAAAUCAUUCUGCAGGAUUACAUUUAGUACAAAUAUUUUAUUGUUUUAUGUUCAUAUUGUUUUUCAGCGUUCCAAUAUGGCUCUCGAGAAAUUUUGUAAAAUCUUACAAAAUAAGGUGUCAAACAAGACCAGUAAGAACAAUCUUCGAGUUAUUGUUAAUAAUGUUCGUUAUUCGUUAUUUCACUAGGAUCCAUCCAUUUUUAUUAGCUGACAAUAGACACUACACAUUCUAUUUAUUUAAGAGACUAAUUAAUAGUAAAUCCAGAUUGAUCAAAUAUAUUUUUUUCUCAGUGGUCUAUCAUUUCUCUACGUUCAGUUAUAUGGAGUUGAUGAGACCUAAUGAAAUGUCAUUCCAUCCAAUCAUGCCUUUACCAAUAAAGGAGUCUAUUCUAUUACCAAUUCAAUUAACUCAUAUUUCGUGGACUGCAUUAAUAUUAUGUACUAUUGUGACCAUUGUACCGUCUCCACUAUUUGAACCAAGAUACUAUAUUUUGCCAUACAUAUUUUGGAGAAUAUUCGUGACUUGUAAUGCAGAGCCUAUAUUUAAGAAACUUGUAGCAGCGGGACCAGACGAGACUCCUGUAACUAUCAGCUCCACAGGUAGACUUUUAUGGGAAUUACUGUGGUUUAUGUCUAUCAACAUUUUCACUUUACUUGUAUUUAUUUUACAUCCCUUUAUUUGGGCAGACGAACCUUUCUUACAGAGAAUUAUUUGGUAA